UCUUACCGCAUUAACUGUUUUAUCACCUAAUGUUAUGGUCAUCACAUUUCGUCAUAAAUCUACCAUAAAACAUACCAGAAUAAUUUACGACCUCAUAACAAUUCAAUCCAAUGGUUUAAACGUUUGCAAAGUACCUAUAAAUAGUCCAUAACCAACUUCUUAACGUUUACUCUAGUCGCCGUCAAGAUGAUCUACAUUAAGGCUUUGUUUGUUUUAGUCUCAUUUCUUGUGAACACAACGGUAACCACCGCGAUCAGCUACCGUUUACCGGACAGUACCUAUCCAUCGCACUACAUCGUACGAAUCGAAACAAACUCAGACCUGGGAUCUGCGGAUAACUACACCGGACAAGUCACCAUAACCUUGAACGUCUACUACCCAACGGAUCAGAUUGUUUUGCACGCGGCUGAUAACUUGGAAAUCCUAGAGCUUCAACUACUACAGCUUGAAUCUGGUGAGACAAUUGUAGUACAAUCCACGGAGCUUGUGAACGAGACUCAGUUUCUGAAAAUUUACACCGAUCGGGUGCUAAACGAGACCGAACAGUACCAAUUGAGGAUUAGCUUUCAAGGUCGUAUGCUAAGAGAACGAGUGGGAUUUUUCCUCGAAGCCUAUCAAAACGGAGCGGAGAAAGAAUUCUACGCAGUGACCGCGUUUGAACCGAUACAUGCUCGCAGGGCGUUUCCCUGUUACGACGAACCGAUGUUCAAGGCAACGUUCGACGUAGAGAUUGAAUGCGGCAAGGACUACAGUGUCCAUUCAAACGCUCAAGCGAUGGAGACUCAGAUGGUUGGGAAGGACAGGAAGUUGGUGCGGUUUGAGCGUACUCCUCCGAUGGCGAGUUAUCUGGUGGCUUUCAUGGUAUCGAAGUUUCGGGAGGAAGUUCGGGACUUUGGUGGGCUGAAAAUCGGAAUGAUUACGCAGCCGGAUGGGGUGCGAAGUAGAAAUUUCGAAUUUGCCUUUCAAGCAACCUGGUUCUCCAUUGAUGCCCUUCAGAGGUAUACUGGCGAAAAGUAUCCUUUCGCCAAGCUCGACCAGGUUGGCAUUGAUUACUUUUACGGUGGUUUGGAAAAUUGGGGCUUGAUUUUGUACAUUACCGAUGCCCUGGUGGUCGAUUCGCAAGCUGACACUUGGGAUAAAGUUGACUCAGCUAAAUUGAUCGCCCACGAGGUGGCUCAUCAAUUCUUCGGGAAUCUAGUUGGGCUGACUUGGUGGGAGCAUUUGUGGUUGAAGGAAGGAUUUGCCACAUUCAUGUCGUACAAGUUGACCGAACUGUUUCUUCCCGGUGCACGUCAGGUGAUCAAGCAGCAGUAUUUCAUGGACAGAUGGGAGGCACUGCAUUUCGAUGCCGAUUCCAUAACAUAUCCCAUGUCAAACUACGUGGAACAUCCUGGGGCAAUUGCCAUGCACUAUGGAGCGGAGAUAGUAUAUAAUAAGGCUGCCUGCGUGAUACGAAUGAUGGAGGUGGCGCUUGGAGAGGGCGUAUUUAUGGCAGGAGUUCAGGACUACAUCGCCAACGACCGCUAUGGUACAGCGGAUCCCUACAAACUCUAUCUGAGUCUGCAUGAGUUUGCCGUUCUCCCGCCGAAUGUUCACAUCGCCGAGAUAUUCCAUUCGUGGGCCAAUCAAGCCGGUCAUCCAAUUGUCUACGUGGAGAAGAUCGGUGAAUUCGGCUGGUACCGAUUGACACAGCAGAUGUAUUGUGAUGCGGAAACUUGCAAAAGAUCACGAUGGUGGAUACCGAUAUUCUAUAGUUCAUACGAGUUGGGUGACUAUUUUGGAGGUUGGUUUCCUGACUCUGCAGAAACCAUCACCGUUGCAUUGUAUGGAAAUCUUCCGUUGGUCAACAAUCGGGGCUACGGAUUCUACCGAGUCAGUUAUUGCCAGCGAGGGUGGCAAGACAUUAUCAUCAAUUGGAACAAUAUAGAUAGUGAAAGUCGGGCCAAACUGAUCGAUGACGCAUUUUAUUUCCUUUGGAAUAAUGGAAGUACAAUUGAACCCUUGAAGGCCAUGCUGGAUUUGCUCAAGACGGAAUCGGAUCCACUUCCGUGGUUGGCAGCGAUGGAUGAUCGUACGAUGAGAAAACUACUUCUUAUGGUCAAAGGGCGAUCAGAAGUUGAACCAUUUGUUCAACAAAUGGCGCGAAAUUUGACUCUGGACAUGUUGAAGAUCUUCCGGAAUGAUACUCGCAUCGAAAGCAAUCUUGCACGUCGAAAGGCUAUAGAUUGGGAGGAACGAAUGAACUUGACCACAACUCGGAGAGUCGGAAGGUCAAAUCAAGGUUCUUAUAUGUGUCCCCAGAUGUUGUCUCCAGAACUUAUGGUCGAACUUCGCUGCAAUGUGAAAUUUUUGAUCGAGAUGCUUCGUAGCGUUGAUUUGACAGUGUGCUUUAACGGCCCGGAUGAGUUCCGGCAGUUUUUGGAUUACUUAUUGCAGAGCUACGAAUGUCCGGAAGUGUUGAAAGUGAUUCUGAUUGUGCUGAGAGAGGGGGCGUCGCAUGUAGAUCAGCUCAUAGAUAAGUUGGCCAAUGACCUAUACGACUUGCAAAACAGUAUCGAAAGUGAUCAGUUGGAAGAAUUCUUGGAAGGAGUCACCUAUUACAUUUACGAUCCUUAUCAUCAACGACUGUAUCAGCAGUUCAUCGAUCGCUUGGAAGUAAUCAGCGAAGAGCAACGUUCUACCUUGUUUAGAUUGUUGGAUUCGCAGCAAAGCCGCAUUGCCAGCGUUGUGCAAGUGCUGCUGAAAUUUCAAAACUUUCUUUCGGUUUGACGAAUGCCGUUAUAAACUUUGAUAAGAAUAAAAGACAAUCAAAUUUUCCAAGCAAAGACAUCCGUAAGA